AUGCCGACAAUUCAUUGGUACGGAAAGGAGGAGACCCGGAGAAUAGAGGAGAGGAGGAAAGAGGAGAGGAGGGGAGUGGAGAUAAGGGGAGAGGAGGGGACGGGAGAAGUGGGAAGGGGAGGGGAGGAGAGGGGGGGGGAGAGAAAGAGAGAUGAGGGGAGAGGAGGGGACAGGUCGGAAGAGGAGGCGAUAGGUGGGAAGAGAAGGGGGAGAUGUGGGAAGAGGUUGGGGGAGGAGGGAAAAGGAGGAGAGAGUAGGGAGAUGGAUCGAGAGGAGGGGAGAGGUGGGAAGGGCAGGGGAUUGGAGGGGAGGGGAGAGGCGGGGAGGGGAGAGAAGAAGAGAGAUGAGGAGAGGAGUGUGGAGGAGUGGACAGGAGGGGAGAGGUGGGGAGCAGAGGAGGGGAGAGAGAGGUUGGGAAAGUAG